AUGACUAGUGGUGUCGGGUGCGGACCCGUCGGUCACCAGACAGACGACAAUUUGAUCGGAGGAAUAGGUCUGGAGACAUUACGCGAAGACAUCACAUCCCACGACACAGCGAUGUAUGGCAUCUGUCGGACGAGUCAUUUGCCGACACAAACGGAAUCAUCCAUUUAUUGUCACUUCUAUAACAACUAUGAGAGCAAUUUAGUGACGGCCGGAUCCACUCAACUCAAAGUCUACCGAUUGGUCACCGAAUCGGCCGACGAAGACGUAACAAGAGAGUCGGCCAACGACUCGGAGGCCAAUGGAAAGGAGCCAAAGGAUGGGUCGAAAGUGCGGUUAGAGUGCGUCCAGAGUUUCACACUCUUCGGGAACAUUGAGUCCAUAAGUAAAGUGAGUUUCAUGUCCUCCAAUCGGGACUCACUGUUGUUGGCCUUCCGUUCGGCCAAACUGUCUGUCGUAGAGUACGACCCAAACACUCACGACUUGAAGACCACUUCUCUUCACUACUUCGAGGAGCAGGAGAUGAGAGGCGGCUUCACUCAGUUCUCGCGGCCACCGAUCGUGAGGUGCGAUCCCGACAGCCGUUGCGCCGCUCUUCUCCUCUACUCCAAGAAUAUCAUGAUUUUGCCCUUUCGUAAAGACAUCACCGCUGAUGACCAGAAGAGCGGUCUCUCCUCUUCGACCGCCGCUUUCCCGAUGACGAGUGCGGCGGCGAAGACACCGGUUAUGGCUUCAUAUAAGUUGGAUCUGAAUAGUGAACAAUACGGCGAAAAAUUUUUGCACAACUAUUACGAACCAACUCUUCUCAUACUCUACGAGCCGGUGAGGACGUGGGCCGGACGGGUGGCCGUACGUCAGGACACGUGUGCAAUGCUUGUCCUCUCACUCGAUGUCCACCAACGAGUCCAUCCGCACAUCUGGUCGAUGAAUCACUUGCCGUACGACUGUUUCCAAGCGAUGCCGGUUCCCAAACCCAUCGGCGGAGUCCUCAUCUUUGCCUACAGUUCAAUCAUUCACUUAAAUCAAGGUUUGCCACCAUUUGGCGUCUCCUUGAAUAGCUUUACCGAAGGCAACACAUCAUUCCUCUUGAGACCUCAAGAAGAUAUUAAGAUAUCGCUCGACUCUUCUAAAGCGUGUUUCAUAUCUAAUGACAAACUGGUCAUCAGUUUAAGAACCGGCGAACUCUAUGUCCUCUCCCUCUCUAAUGACAUGACUCGGAGUAUUCGUGGCUUUCAUUUCGACAGAUGUGCCGCAAGUGUGCUCUCGACGUGUAUAACGCUCUGUGAAAACGGAUACAUUUUCUUGGGCUCACGUUUGGGACACUCUAUACUCGUUCAUUACGUUGAAAAACCAUACGAAGAAAUUCACAAUAAAAUCACCGCUGAAUCCGUUACCGAACCCUCUCUUGAGGUGACAACUGAUGAAACAAAUGAUAAAACGGAUGAUCAAAGCGCGAACGAAGACGUAAAUAAUGAUAAUUCUGCAGAAAAUACUGCAGAAUCGGAAGAAUCGAGUGAACCGUCGGCUAAGAAGAUCAAAUCAGAAGACAUUGAGCCCGAGAAGACAGAGAAAGACAAUAUUGAUAACUGGUUUGCCGGUGAUGUGGCUCUGGUCGCCGAUAAGGAUCUGCUCGAGGCCUACGGUCCGCAAGAAGUGAGUUCAAUGAAAAAGGAAACGCCGACAACAUUGGUGUUUGAAGUGUGCGAUUCUCUCAUAAACAUCGGGCCCUGCGGUCAGGUAUGUAUGGGAGAGCCGGCGCUGUUGGCCGAAGAAUUUGCGUCCAGUAAAGAGCCAGACCUGGAACUGGUGACCACUUCUGGUUACGCUAAGAACGGAGCGCUAAGUGUACUCCAACGGACCUUAAGGCCACAAAUAGUAACUACAUUUGAAUUGCCCGGUUGUACAGACAUGUGGACAGUUUACGGCCCAAAAUCUAAAGCCACUGAAGAGACUGUUGAGUCGACGGAGACCAACGCGAGUGCAUAUCACGCGUAUCUCAUACUGAGCCGAUCGGACGCGACGCUUGUCCUGCAAACGGGCCAAGAGAUCAAUGAAUUAGAUCAAAGCGGUUUCAGUAGUCAGACCUCAACAGUGUCGCCGAUGGGCGUCAGACUUCUCGAUGGUAUCCGAGAGUUACAACACUUUCCAAUAGACGUCGGAUCUCCUAUUUGUUACACAUCCUUAGCUGAUCCAUACGCCGUCCUUAUGAGUCAAAACGGACUUGACAGCAAUGGCAGUAAUGCUAGACUUCUUGUCUCCCGACCUGACCUCUUGACUGCAAAGUCAAAAAUAGUGGCCAUUUGUGUCUAUAAGGAUACGAGCGGUUUGUUUACUACACAAGCGAAAGAACAGUUCAAUCAAAACGCGUCAAACACUACGAGUCCUGUCUCUAAGUCGAAGUCUGCGGCAACAGUGGCCGCACAGGUGUCCGCUUUGCCCAAUGUUUCCACUGUCGAUGAAGAGGACGAACUCCUAUACGGCGACUAUAAUAUCACUGAGACUGUGAAUACUGUGGAGAGUAAAGACCAACCGACGAGUCCGGAGAUAAAUGAGCCAAAGAUACAAGUGAUGAAAGCACACGAACCCACGUAUUGGCUGUUUAUCGUCAGAGAGAACGGCAUUCUCGAGAUCUAUAGUUUGCCGACAUUUAAACUCUCGUAUUUGGUUAAGAACUUCCCAAUGGGUCCCAAAGUGCUGGUCGACAGCGUUCAGAGCACAGACCAUACGGGCUCUCAACAGCAACAAGACUCGCCCUCUUCGAUGCCAAUCACUCUCGAGAUUUUAGUGACAGGAAUGGGAGCCAAACAGUCGCGAGAACUUCGUAUCCAUGAGAUGAGUAUCGACGGAGCGGUCACUUGUUUCGCGCCCUUUCAUAACAUGAAUUGUCCGAAAGGUUUCCUAUAUUUCAACAAUAAGGAAGAGUUGCGGAUCUGUUCGUUGGCCACUCAUCUCAACUAUGACGCCAAUUGGCCCGUAAGGAAAGUGCCGCUCAGAUGUACCCCUCAUUUCAUCAAUUAUCACGUCGACAGUAAGACAUACUGUUUAGUGACCAGUGUUUUAGAAGAAGUGACAAAACUUGUCCGAAUUGGAGGCGAAGAGAAAGAUUACGACUUUCUUGAAAGAGAGAAUAGAUAUAUCUAUCCGACGACCGAACGAUUUUGCAUUCAAUUGAUAUCACCGGUCAGUUGGGAAAUCAUUCCAUCGACAAAGAUUGAACUCGAAGAAUGGGAACACAUCACUUGCAUUAAGAACGUUAUGCUCGCCUCUGAGGGCACCGAAUCCGGCCUCAAGGGUUACAUCGCUUUGGGAACCAAUUAUAAUUACGGCGAAGACGUGACAAAUCGCGGACGCAUUUGGAUUUUGGACAUCAUUGAAGUGGUUCCCGAACCCGGACUACCUUUGACUAAAAACAAGAUCAAAACCGUGUAUUGUAAGGAACAAAAGGGUCCGAUCACUACAUUAUGUCAAGUGAAGGGCUUUCUUCUCACAGCCAUCGGACAGAAGCUCUACAUCUGGCAGUUGAAGGAGUCGUCACUUAUUGGCAUCGCUUUCAUCGACACUCAACUCUACAUUCAUUCUGCCAUUUCUGUCAAGAAUCUGGUCCUCAUUGCAGACGUCUAUAAAUCGAUAUCUCUAUUGCGAUAUCAAGAGGAGACCCGAACCCUAUCCCUUGUGAGCAAAGACUGUCGUUCUCUACAAGUGUUUGCCUGCGAUUACGCGAUCGACGGCUCGCAGAUGUGUUUCGCCAUUUCGGACUCCGAGAAGAAUAUCAUAUUGUAUUCAUACCAACCGGACGUCAGGGAAAGUAUGGGCGGAACCAGACUUCUACGGCGCGCGGACUUUCAUUUUGGCUCAAAUAUAAACUCGUUUUUCCGAAUUGGAUGUAAAAUACCGGCAAAUAUUACCGAUAAACGAGUGAAACAACAGCUCCAGUGCCGACACAUUACAAUGUUUGCGUCACUCGACGGAAGUCUCGGUUAUUUCCUUCCCGUCUCUGAGAAGACAUACCGACGGCUAUUGAUGUUACAGAACGUACUGACCGUUUCAUUACAACACACGGCGGGACUCAACCCGAAGGCCUUCCGCAUGAUUAAGAUCUCGAGACCAGAGCUCAUGAAUCCAUCGAAGAAUAUAUUAGACGGCGAUCUUCUCGUCAAAUUUGCCACACUUUCGAUGAAUGAAAAGUCAGAUUUGGCCAAAAAGAUCGGAACCACUCCGAGUCAAGUGAUGGAUGACCUCCAAGAGAUCGAUAGAGUGACCGCUUAUUUCUGA